AUGGGCACCAGUCCAGGACCUCCGAAGCAGCCUUCUUACGCGCCCUACACACCACAACCACAAUACCACGUCCAGCCACCCAAGCAAUCCAAGUCGCCGCAACCUCAAAACCAACAACACCAGUACGGAUAUUCGCCGUAUCAAGCGCCGCAGCAAACACAGUACUACUUUCCUCCUCAACAACAACACCAACAUGCCGCUUCCACGUCUCCAGUUCCGACAACCGCUACCUCUCACCAGCAGCAUUUCCUCGCCGAACUAGAGGCCCCUCAGAUCACUCAUACAUCGAGACCGACGUCAUCAUCCUCAUCCGCCGCUCCCGCCGCCGCUGCCGGCAAAGAUGGAGUUCCCGUCUUCGAGAUGGCUGCCGAGUCAGCCCCGGCCAAGCCCACCACCCCGCGGCCCGUGUCUUCGUCCGGCUCCGUCUCUCCAGCUGCGAACGACACGGCAGCCCAGAAGCCCCUGAUCCAGGCGAAUCCAUGGGGCUUCUUCCUCGAAGACGACCCGCCGGCCAGGACCGAUUCGAUCUCGCCGAGCAAGGAGGGGAACGCCGACGAGAUGCUCUCCGUGAAGCCGUUAAAGAUCGUCAAGACUGGCCCUGGCUCGCCCAAGCCGGACCAAGAAGCCGAUUCGAAGCUUGGAAACGGGCCGCAGAGUGGCAUCGCAGAUCCCGCCUCAACGCAGCCCGUGCUUCCGGAGCAGUCCCCGGAGGUGGGACUCCCUGUCCAGCAAGGUGGAGAAGCAUCUCCCGAUGAUGCACCCCUGGCUCCGGCGCCGUUAAACAUCUCUCGGCCUCCGGCCCCGACCACAGCGCCGCCGCCGGUCCCCACCGGAAGUCCUCCUCUCAUCAUCCCCCCGGCCGGGACGUACCCCAUUCCUCCUGCCGGAACGUACCCACCUCCAAGCCCGACCAGACCGGGCUCAGGGCGCCAGCCGUCACCGGCGCCGCAAAUCAACCUCCCUAUGCACCCUCGUCCGACCAGCGCCUCAUCUGCGAGGCCCGUAUCCGCCGGGACUUCGGCUGUAGUGACGCCUCUUUCACCGGCUCACACUGGAGCUACCACGGCUCCUUCGCCGCAACAGCCUCAAUAUGCGACCGCCCACUCUCUACAGCCGUCAUAUUCGCAAGCUCCAUCGCAGGCCUACACUUCGGCGACUCCCGUCAGUCCCGUCUUCGCCCAUGCCGCGCUUCCCCCGACCUUGCCUAUGAGCUCCUACUUUCCCCAGCAGCCAUCAUACGCUCGCCCAGACGCCAACCAGACACCUCCGGCGCACCACAGCCCAGCCGCUUCUCUUUCGAGUAUCGCCGCCGAGCAACCCACAUACGCCUCUCCACCACCCUCGUAUACCCAGGCAAUCUCCCAGGGUCGACCCGCAAACGUAUCGCCAGCAUCAUCAACACCUGCGACAACAGCGCCUCUCUCCCCGAUGACCACUGCCAGCACCAUCUCGUCCUACCCCUUCUCACCCGCAGAUAUCGGUGCUCCGUCACCGAACCCCUCGAACGUAACGCCUCUGCAGCAACACCCAUACAAUCCCCAUGCGCCCCCGAUCCCGCAGCCGUCCUACGUCAACGGUCCCCAGGGCUGCACACCGACGCCUCCUCCCCUCCCGCCAAGGACGUCGCCGGCACAGAGCUAUGGAGGCCAUCCCCAAAACCCCUACGGCCCGCCCCCGACGAGACUUAACUACACGUCACCACCGGCCCCGGCAAAGUCCAGCUCGGGCCUCUUCGGCCACGCAAAGAAGCUGCUCGACAGGACGACCGACUUCGUCGACCAGGCCAUCACGCCUUACCUCCAGGACAACCGGUACAGACCGCCGCACAGCCAGUACGGCCAGCACUCGUACCAGUAUCAGUAUCAGUAUCCCCCGAAUCGCCCGCUCCAGCCGGGGCAGUACUACCAGCAGGCGCCCCAAGGAUACGCUCCCGCGCAACGUAGGUAG